AUGGUAGUUUCCUCAGGUAUUCAACUCCCUUACUUUACUACGAACUCAGCUUCUAUUGAACCUACACACACAAAAAACACGAGAACCUUCAAAUUGAAUAACUCAAAUAAGUCUGAGGUAAAGAACUUUCUUGCUGAGUCAGAGUCGGGAUCCAGCUCUGCUAGUGAUGAAAGCGCUUUACCAGACCUGGUCUACGACGAUAAUGAUAUCAACAGUUACAAAUAUAAAGAAAAGAGCUUUCUGAUCAGCGUCAUCGUUUCUUAUGUCUCAAAAACCUUAGCAGAUUUGUUUUCAAUUUCUUUGGAAAACUCAACUUGUCGUUGUGGUUGUGUUGAUUAUAGUACACUGAGACUUUUCAUCACAGAAAUAGUACGGAGGAGUCAAACUUCUCUACACGGAUUCAAAAUGUCAACGAUAUACCUGCUCAGAUUUCAUCAAGUUUUGCAGUACAUGUCCGAGCACUACGUGGUCCCAGAUUCGUUGUGUUUGAAGAUAAUUGCCCUCUGUUCUUUCAUGCUAACCUCAACAAACAUUAGUAAUCAACCAGUGGAUUUCAAUCAUUGGCAACUGAUUUCAGGAUUAAGUGAAGCUAGAUUAAAGUCAGAAUUCAGGCAGUUUAUUGGACUUUUAACCGAGAAUUAUGAUGACCACAAGAGCUUGGUCGUGACUACUAACGAAUUUCAUGAUCUAAACUUAAAAUUAAAAGAGGCCAUAUGCGCGUGCGUUCAAGUCAUUUAG